AUGUUCCUUGCGGCCGUUGCCCGGCCGCAGUACGACGAUGCCGGCAACCUCAUCUUUGACGGCAAGAUCGGGAUGUGGCCCUUCGUGACGUCUACGCCAGCCAUCCGAACGUCUCGCAAUCGCCCGGCCGGGACCAUGGUCACUACUCUGGUCAACGUGAACGCCGAGGAGUACCAAAACUUUGUGUUGAAUCGCGUGUUACCUGCCAUCAAGGCCAAGAUGCCGAGCGUCAGCAAGCGCGUUGUCAUCCAACACGACAAUGCUUCCCCGCACGCCUCGGUGUCGGACGGUGUGCUCGAUGCGAUCCAGGGCCAUUUUGCCGAUGGGUGGGAGUUCCGUGUGCGCCGCCAGCCGCCGAACAGCCCAGACCUGAACGUGCUUGAUCUGGGCUUCUUUGCCUCGAUUCAAGCUCUACAGUACAAGUCGGUGAGUCGUACUGUGGAUGAUGUGAUUCGUUCGACUUUGGCUGCCUUCGAUGAGUUGUCUGAGGAGAAGCUCGACAAUGUCUUCCUUACCUUGCAGGCUGUCAUGCGCAUUGUGCUGGAACACAACGGUGACAAUCACUUCCGUUUGCCCCAUUUGCACAAGGAAGCGAUGAGACGUGCUGGUACUCUGGUUGCCAAUGUUGCGUGCCCGGUGUCGCUUUUGUAG